AUGUAUGCAACUGUCCAGGAUGAGAAAAGCGUAGAAUCGAAUUGAUGAUGAUAUCAGUGUCGGCACAAGAAAGACCCACGUGUCAGGCUUUAAUCAGCGCCACACCGACGUGCUGGGGGUGAAACCUUCAAAAUGAUCCCGCCACCCCCUCAGUACAGAUAACAUGUUGCAAGUCAGAACCAGGAGGUCUAGUACAUGGAAACUGCAGACAUUUGACCAAUAAUCGACGAAUUGGUACACUUAUCCAGAAUAAUAUAUACAAUAAACAGGAAGAAGAAAAAAAAAACACUUCUAAGAGGAACUUUAUUGUUGAAGUUAUUAAAAUCACGGGAAGAUAUUUUAGUUAACACAACAUGGCUGUUUUGGGAAGUGCAAGUCGGCUAUUACUCCAAUUUGUAAAGUGUAGCAGUGGCAGAACGCUGUGUGCCGGUAAGCAAUCCCGAUGGCAGUCCAGAGCAGCAGCAGCAGUGACAGCAACAAAGCAGACCACAGCUGCUACACCACAGUCUCAGGAACAGAAGUAUGUGAAAGGAAACCCAAAACUGGAAUUGUGAUGCUCAACAUGGGGGGGCCUGAGAAGCUAGAAGACGUCUAUGAUUUUCUUUUUAGGCUUUUCAUGGACAGGGAUCUGAUGACGCUUCCAGUGCAAAAUAAACUUGCACCAUUUAUUGCCAAGAGACGCACCCCAAAAAUUCAGGAACAGUACAGCCGAAUUGGCGGAGGCUCUCCGAUUAAGAUGUGGACCACUCUUCAAGGAGAAGGAAUGGUGAAAUUGCUGGAUGAGAUUUCUCCAGAGACAGCUCCCCACAAGUUUUACAUUGGCUUCCGUUACGUCCAUCCACUGACAGAAGAAGCCAUUGAAGAGAUGGAGAGAGAUGGAGUGGAAAGAGCUGUAGCUUUUACUCAGUACCCACAGUAUAGCUGUUCAACAACAGGUAGCAGUUUAAAUGCAAUCUACCAAUACUACAACAAUAAAGGGGAGGAACCAAAGAUGAGGUGGAGUGCAAUCGACAGAUGGCCCACACACCCUCUUCUUAUUGAAUGUUUUGCAGAUCAUAUACAAAAAGAGCUAAAGAAAUUUCCUGUUGAGAAACGUGACGAUGUGGUCAUUCUCUUCUCGGCUCAUUCAUUGCCCAUGUCUGUGGUGAAUCGAGGGGACCCUUACCCUCAGGAGGUGGGCGCCACUGUCCAGCACGUCAUGGAGAAACUGAACCACUGUAACCCCUACAGACUGGUGUGGCAGUCCAGGGUGGGCCCCAUGGCCUGGCUCGGCCCUCAGACAGACGAUACGAUUAAGGGGUUGUGUGAGAGAGGGAAGAAGAAUAUCCUCUUGGUCCCAAUAGCUUUCACCAGCGACCACAUUGAAACACUGCAUGAGCUGGAUAUUGAGUAUUCACAGGUGCUGGGGAAGGAGUGCGGUGCAGAAAAUAUCAGAAGAGCAGAGUCCCUCAACGGAAACCCACUGUUUUUUAAGGCACUUGCUGAUUUGGUACAAAGGCACCUGAAGUCCAAGGAGGCCUGUUCCAGGCAGCUACCCCUGCGCUGCCCGCUUUGUGUUAACCCAGUGUGUGGACAGACUAAAGCGUUCUUUGCCAGACAGAAACUCUGAUUGCAUUCUUAGAUCUGUGAAACAGGUUACACUCAUAAAAAGAAAAUACUUCCAGGAAGAAGUUGCACACAUAUUUGAAAUUGACAUGUCAUUUCAGCUAAGGCAGUUUCAUAGAGAUUCCUAUGCUUUUUUUUUUUUUUUUUUUUUUUUUGCCGUAAGUGUCUUGUCAUGAUGAAAAUCUUUACAUUUUUUAACUUACUCACAAAAUGCGCAAAACAACAAGCAGAAAGAUGCAGUGUACUUGCCUCGGGUGCUUUUAAUUGGUAGAUCAGAUAGAUAAAAUAGUCUUCUCGGUAACACAUACGGUAAAAUAUAUUUAUAUCCUGUUUUUAUUUUAGAUAAUUAAACAUGCAUGUAUACUGCUGGCCCUGUCUUACGUACUGUAUAUUGUUUAAGGCAGUGGUGCAGAACUCCAUCGAAGUCCAUUCCGAGCAGGUCCUAAAUUAGUCAAUUGAACCUGCUAUUGGGGUCAAUAAACAUGUGUAGGACCUAAUCGGAAGAAAAUACCAGAGUUGUGCAUUACUGGUGUAAGAACAUAUUCUCUCUUCGUGCUGUUUUGAAUUACAGUUUAGUCCAUUCAGCAAACAAUUUGUUGUGUUUUUGACCACCCAAGUUCUGCUCACAAGAAGAUGGUCCUAUACCACAUGGGACAGGGUCAGUUGUUAAUAUUUCUGUCCUAGACUAACAACGUAUUGAGGACAACAGAAUGUUUUAUUUAUUUCAAUCAUUUUUUGCCUGUAAAAGACACCUACAUUGAUGGUGGUGGUGCUUGCAUUUUCACUUCCAAACACAGCCACUUCCUCUACCUGAGCAUCUUGUCCUUUUUUCAAGUCUUUAGGAUAGGAAUUUCUGUCAUGGAAAUGCAUUUUGGUUUUAUUUUAGAUACCUGUAUUCCAAUUGAUGUUAAGUUGGAUAUUUCAAUAUCAACGCUAUUCAGAAUAGUUGCAUUCUGUGCACCUUCCAGUUAUCAUUCUUGCAUGCAUCAGGAAUGGGCUUAUCUGCACUGAAACUUCUACAGUUACAUCUGCUAGGGUUGCUGUUGCACCUUGACUUGGGUGAUUUGGACGUAUAAAAAUACACACUUUCCAUAUUCCCACUCACACUCAUUUGGUACUGAGAACGCUGCUUAAAAAUCUAAUAUAUAUAGCCAGUUUUCACCAUUUAUAAAUAACAUAUUGCAGGACGCCUUAAACACCAUUGCCUCAAAUGUGCAAGCGUGGAGAGGAGGACGGGAGCAGCAGCUAUCAUCCAUAGCCUGUGGAUUUAGCAGUUUUGUUCCACUCUAUGGGGUAUGUUUAGUCAUACAAUAGAUAACAUUAGACAUCAAUCAGUGUUGCAGCUCAUCUAAUUCUGGGGGGGGGGGGAGACUAAUCCGGUGGCUAAUUUUCGGCAGUUAAACUGGUCUUCCCAUUUAAAAAUAAAUACAUGAAUUGUGUAAUCAA